AUGAUCUCUAAAUUGAAACCUCAAUUUAUGUUUUUACCAAAGAAACAUAUUUUAAGUUAUUGUAGAAAGGAUGUUUUAAAUUUGUUUGAACAGAAGUUUUAUUAUACUAGCAAACGGAAAGAAAGUAAUAAUAUGAAGAAUGAAUCUUUAUUAAGAUUAAUUAAUUAUAAUAGAUAUUAUAAUAAGAUAGAUUCUAAUAAUUAUUAUAAUGGUGGAAAAAUAUUAAGUAAUGAUAGGCAAUAUAUAUAUUCACCAUUAUGUGAAUAUAAAAAGAAAAUAAAUGAUAUAUCAUCAUAUGUAUCUGUACCUUUUAAGAUUAAUAUAAGAAAUUUAGGUACUUCCAAUUUUGUAAAUAAUAAGAAGGAUGUACUUGAUAAUGAUUAUAUUUAUGAAAAUAUUAAAAAAGAAAAAUCUAAGCAUAAAAAAAUAAUAUUUUUAUUAUUUGUUUCAUUAUUUGGAUUAUAUGGUUUUUUUGAAUCUUAUAAUCCUGAAUUUUUUUUAUAUGAUAUAUUUUUAAAAUUCUGUUUAAAAUAUAUUGAUGGUGAAAUAUGUCAUGACCUUUUUUUAUUACUAGGAAAAUAUAAUAUAUUACCAUAUGAUACUAGUAAUGAUAGUAUAUAUGCAUGUACAAAUAUUAAACAUCUUGAUUUUAUAAAUCCAUUCGGUGUUGCUGCAGGAUUUGAUAAAAACGGUGUAUGUAUAGAUAGCAUAUUAAAAUUAGGGUUUUCGUUUAUCGAAAUUGGUACCAUAACCCCAAGGGGCCAAACGGGUAAUGCAAAACCACGUAUUUUUAGAGACGUUGAAUCUAGAAGUAUUAUAAAUUCAUGUGGCUUUAAUAAUAUGGGUUGUGACAAAGUUACAGAAAAUUUAAUACUUUUUCGUAAAAGACAAGAAGAAGAUAAAUUGUUAAGUAAACAUAUUGUAGGUGUCAGUAUAGGUAAGAAUAAAGAUACUGUUAAUAUUGUAGAUGAUCUAAAAUAUUGUAUUAAUAAAAUAGGAAGAUACGCUGAUUAUAUAGCUAUUAAUGUAAGCUCCCCUAAUACACCUGGGUUAAGAGAUAAUCAAGAAGCUGGGAAGUUAAAAAAUAUAAUUUUAAGUGUAAAAGAAGAAAUAGAUAAUUUAGAAAAGAAUAAUAUUAUGAAUGAUGAAAGUACUUAUAAUGAAGAUAAUAAAAUAGUAGAAAAAAAAAAUAAUUUUAAUAAAAAUAAUAGUCACAUGAUGAAAGAUGCUAAGGAUAACUUCUUAUGGUUUAAUACAACAAAAAAGAAGCCCUUGGUUUUUGUUAAGUUAGCUCCAGAUCUUAAUCAAGAACAGAAAAAAGAAAUUGCUGAUGUAUUACUUGAAACUAAUAUAGAUGGUAUGAUUAUUUCUAAUACUACGACACAAAUAAAUGACAUAAAAAGUUUUGAAAAUAAAAAAGGAGGUGUUAGCGGAGCAAAACUAAAAGAUAUAUCUACAAAAUUUAUAUGUGAAAUGUAUAAUUAUACAAAUAAACAAAUACCCAUUAUUGCAUCAGGAGGGAUAUUUAGUGGAUUGGAUGCUUUAGAAAAAAUUGAAGCAGGUGCUUCAGUUUGUCAAUUAUAUUCUUGUUUGGUUUUUAAUGGUAUGAAAUCAGCUGUACAAAUAAAAAGAGAAUUGAAUCACUUGCUAUAUCAAAGAGGAUAUUACAAUUUAAAGGAGGCCAUUGGCCGAAAGCAUAGCAAAAGUUAA